UCCCCAGCGAUGUCAUAAACAAAUCGAUAGUCCCGAAUAAAAUUAGAUUUUUCGCGUCCAUCCCAAAAUAAGUUAGCCGUGAAUAUGGCAGAAUUUUCGGAUAGUUUAGGCCUCCAAGACUUUCAAAACUACUGCCGGCUGUGCUUCGAACCUGGUUCCAAACUGGAGAACCUGCUGACGUCGCCGGUCGAACGCAAUCUUGGAGAAAAGAUAGUCGACUGCGUGAAUGUGUCGAUCCUACCGGAGGAUUCACCCGCGACGUUGGUCUGCCAAAGGUGCCUCGCACUGGUGGAACAAUUCUACGACUUCAAAGAGAUGUGCAAAAAGCACGAAUACACCUUCCAGACGAGCAUCCGGUUGCGAAAUUCCGAACCAGCAGAUAUUGCGAUAGAAACGGUUCAUAUCAAAACGGAACUUCCGGACGAGGACGUUGGUGAGGAGCCGGUUGAACUAAUACCAUUGGAAUUUACUAGUGAAAACAUAAAACAGGACUGUGAGCAGGGCAGUGAGUCGGAAUCGGAAAACCAGGAGGAACAUGGGGAGUCCGAAGAUGAGGAUGAAAGUCAGUCCGGAGGUAAAAGCAAAACUGGAAAGAGGAUUUACAGGAAAGCGGAAACGAAACUGCUGGUCCGAUUGAUUCACAAUGGGUUCCUGAUGAACUGUAAGGCAAUCAAACUGACCGGGGUGAUGCAGUGGAUUUGCCGGAACAGUGCAUGUCGGAUGAGUUUUACGGCAACGGUCGAUUGGAAAAUUACGCUGCACACGGCCAAGGUUCACAAUCAUUAUCCGUUUGUGAAUAGGACGGGAACGAUCCAGAGGGAAGAUAGCGGAUUGUUUGACCGGUAUUCGAUAAGUUCCUGUACUGGGAAGACUGUAUUGAUCUGGAAUAAUUACGAAUGGCUCGUAGGAGAAACAAGGAAGGGUUACAGGAAGGCAGUUUGCAAAGACACUAAAAGAAAAUGUCAUAAUUAUAUUACAAUUAAGGGAGACUUCGAGAGUGUGCAAGAGUUUGGUCAGCAUAACCAUCCAGAGAGUUACAUCCUGUACAGAGACGACGAUAAUCCGGAUGAGAACGAAUUGAAUCCCUGGGAUCUGUUUGUGCAAAUUAACCCUUGUGGAUUGCCGAUUGGGACGGAUUGGGACAUGAAUCGACGGGUUAAAUUGUUCCACAAUCGGUUCCAGUACCGGUUGAUGGAUUGCACUUGGAAUGGAACCAGUCGUUGGGCCUGCGAUAUGAUAAACUGUAAGGUGAACGUGCUCAUGGAUUCGGACGAAAACGUAUCGUCGGAAGAGCACAACCACGAACCGCUACCGUGCGGAAUAUUCAACAGAUUUUUCUUCAGUGUGGUCAGAGCCAACACCAAGUGUCUGAAACUGUGCUUCAAUGGGCACUGCUACGGGAGCAGGGAUUCGAACCAUUGGGUGUGUACGACUAGCGGAUGCUACGUCAAACUGUACGUUGGAAGCGAUUAUCAAUCCUUCGCGGAGAAAGGACAUCACAAACAUGACGGGUUCAGUGUGGUCGUGAAGCCGAUCAAGAAGAAAGCAGUUUUCCUAACUACCGAAAAUCCGUUCCUACCAGAUUCCAUAACGAUCGACGAUUUACAUAAGCCGAGACCGUCUACGUCGAAAUCGAUUCAACCGAAAUUAGGGCCUCCGCUUAUGACUCCAGAAAAUGCACCUAAAACGAGGAAGCUAAGGGAAACCGUAAACGGUUCCAUCCGGAUGAUCUACGAUGGCUAUCGCUAUUCGUUGUGGAACUUUUUCCCAGAUGGCACUACCUACUGGUGCUGCUGGGGCAUUCGAUGCAAAAAGUCCAUUCACAUGACUUCGCAAGGAUUGAUUUAUGCCAAAAACGAAAGCCAAGAGCACCAGCAUCCACCGCAGGUGACCAAGGUGGACCAAAUAACACAUGAAAACGGCGAAAAGGAAUUGUACGCCAUAUUCAAGGACCUGCAGCACAACACUAUCCUGGUCUACCGGAAUACUCUAUGGGAUUUGGUGCUAGGAGAGCAGUGCUACGUGGCAACCUGCCAACGCUGCGAAACUAAUAUCAAGAUCACGGAAAAUUUUACUAAAUUUACACAAAGCAGCGAAUGUAGAAAUCACGACGAAAAGAUGAUUCUCAUACGAGUCGCUUCUAAACCGAUUGAAGGUGAUCCCAUUAUAUGGGAAAUCUACAAACGGAACUUCCCCUUACAGUUAUCCGAUGGCACUAUCUUUACCAAGGGACGUCACUCGCAGCUAUUUAUCGAUGGUUUCCGCUACACGCUGGUCAGCUUUACCUGGACCGGUGGCGAACUGUGGCGAUGUGCCAUCCAACGGUGUCCGGCUAGAGGAAAAAUCGUCGAACCUCGCGGUGAUUUCAAUACCCCGGUACACACUCACGAGCCGCACGUGAUGAUGCAGGGCAAGAUCUGGAGUGAGGCUCGCCAGCGCGAGGAAUGGUACUUUGUGGUCAUAUCGCUCAAGAAGACCAUCGCCACGCUCUACUACAAUACCUACUGUUACGCGCUGAAGGACCGACAACGGAACAUUUGGAGCUGCUUUCCGGGACCGUGUCAAGCGGUGGUCCGGAUCGAAGGAGAUUUCGAGCGGGUCGUGGAAGAGAUGGAACACAGUCACGAUGGGACGCUGACGUUCAUCCGCACGGACAAAACUUAUGAUUCGCAGGAAUGUUAUGGUCCUGCAACUGGAACAUCCAAGAAACGACCAAGAGAGGAAUCCAGCAGUAGCGCAGCAGCCGAUGUUGACCCUUUGAGUUUGCUAAAUGUGACAAUUGACGCUCCAUCGACAGAAAGUUCUGAUCGCCCGGAAGAAGACCCCAAUGAAUAUGCAAUGGACGUGGACUCUUUUUAUCAGGUUAAUAUAAAAGAAGAACCUUCCUCAUCGUCGCCAGACAACAGCAGUCCAAAAUUGCAAGAAAUUAUCAACGCUUUGCUACAACCAGUGUCAAACCCCAAUCAAACUCCACAGCCAGAACCUGUUGUGCAUUACCACGAUGGUUACACGUACAAUCGCGCAACUGCACUCUCGGAUGGACGAAUUAGGUUAGAUUGCAACAAAAUUCGAUGUCCGGGACGAGUCAUCAUCGGAAACGAUCAUAUCGGACGUAUUAAGGACGGUCAUACUCAUACCAAGGCGUACGAGAGCGGAGGAAGUAUUUGCGACUAUGAUGGCCAAUGUUACCAGUACAUCGUGCUCAAUGAUGCGCAAAGAGGAAUUCCUAUCAACUUGGUUUGUGAUGGCUUCCGAUAUAACUUUCAUACUAGAUCGCCAAACGCCGAAGUGGUCUGGCAAUGCGACUAUUGUUCCGUCAAGGCCACAGUCAACGCUUCCUACACUUAUAUCCAGUUCGACGGAUCGCACACGCACGAACGUUACGACAUCCUUGUACCAACAGAUGAAAACCCUGAAUCCGAGUCAUCGAAUGUCGCCGGACCAUCCAAUUUCUUCUUCAUAGAAGAGGUCAUCUGGGAUCAGCACCGGUACAACAAACCCCUUUACAUUCGUCGAUUGAAUGUUUCCAAAUGGAGAUGCUUCCGAACGAGGGAGUGCAAAGCCCAUCUCUACCAGAACGCGGAAGGAACAUUCAAAGAAAUGGAAUCCCACGAUCACGAAGGGCCAAUUGAAGCCAGCGGCGAAGCGCGAUUCGACCCGACUAUGAAACUGAAAGACCGCUACGCCGUUAUGAAAUCCUACGGCAAAUCACAAGUGCGCCAUCUGGUAUUCCAGAACCAAAUCUACAUCGAGCGCAACCCUAGUGUUUGGAAUUGCGCCAAUAAGCUUUGCAAUGCCCAGCUGAGCGUGUACGACAACUUCGAUUUCAUUCAAGCGGUUGGAACUCACACGCAUCAACCAACGAUGGCAAUCGUCAUGUUCCGGAGUGAAGUGCAAAAACAUGUGGGGCCUGCGGAAAUGGCUUUGGAUGCAGUGUGAUUUAUCAUUACCUCGUGCUCAUUAGGCAAUUACAUUUAUCUAAAUAUUUAUAUUUAAACUUACACUAUCUGAAUAAUAAAUACGUUUGAUUUUAACAAGAAA